AGCGCGGUGUCCUGCACCGGACAACUUCAGCGGAGGAAGAGGAAGAACCUAACCUACGGGGUGAAUCGGGGGCUGGUGUCCAUUUUAUUUACACCGGCCGGGUUGCUCAAUAUUUCAUCUGUCGGGUUUCACAGGAGCCUACAAGUUAAAAGCCGGGUCUUCAGACAUGAGCAGUUCAGAGGAAGUGUCAUGGAUCUCCUGGUUCUGUGGACUGAGGGGGAAUGAAUUCUUCUGUGAGGUGGAUGAGGACUACAUCCAGGACAAGUUCAACCUGACGGGGCUCAACGAGCAGGUUCCCCACUACCGCCAGGCCCUAGACAUGAUCCUGGACCUCGAGCCAGACGAGGAGCUCGAGGACAAUCCCAACCAGAGCGACCUGAUCGAGCAGGCUGCAGAGAUGCUGUACGGCCUCAUCCACGCUCGCUACAUCCUCACUAACCGAGGCAUCGCACAGAUGUUGGAGAAGUAUCAGCAAGGAGACUUCGGCUACUGCCCCCGUGUUUAUUGUGAGAAUCAGCCCAUGCUUCCUAUUGGUCUGUCAGAUAUCCCAGGUGAGGCCAUGGUGAAGCUGUACUGCCCUAAAUGCAUGGAUGUCUACACACCCAAGUCCUCCAGGCACCACCACACAGAUGGAGCCUACUUUGGCACUGGCUUCCCCCACAUGCUCUUCAUGGUUCACCCCGAGUACCGGCCAAAGAGGCCCGCCAACCAGUUUGUCCCCAGACUGUACGGCUUUAAGAUCCAUCCCAUGGCCUAUCAGCUGCAGCUGCAAGCUGCCUCCAGCUUCAAGAGCCCCGUCAAGGCCAUCCGCUAGAGCGUCCAGGACGGAGGAGUAGGAGGAGGAGGAGGAAGAGGAGCAAGAUUCGUAGACGGAGAGAGAGAGAGAGAGAGAGAGAGAGGGAGAAGACGGAUAGAAUUAUCGUCUGAAGAGCAGGCGUCACCUGUGUUUUAAAGCCCCUCAGACGACCCCUCCCCACCCCGAAGACUGUAUUAUUUUGGUUUAGAUUAGGGAAAAUGAAAAACAAAGUGUAAAGAUUUUUUGCGCGUGAGCGAUACAUGAAAAACAAAAAACCUGCACACUAUGAUCUUAAUCACACACACACACACACACACACAAAAUGCACACAUGCAACCACACACUUGGGAUUCCAUACACGAACCUUACCAAACUCAGCAGUGCCAAAAACAGGAGGUGAAGUAAAAGGACACAGGUGAGCGACGCUGCUGCUGCUGCACCUCACUCGCAAAUACAGCAACACUGAUGAGAGCUGCCGGUGGACGACACCGCGGGGGGCUUCUACCUGUCCAAAGGGUUUUUUGUGUAUUGUGGUUUUUUUAGACGAAAAGACCAGUCAGUUGUGACCUCUGACCCUGUGUCGCUUUUCUGUAUUUGGCACAGUUUGGUAAAAGGUGGUGUUGGUAAACCCUCCGUAAUUCAAAGCCCCUCCCCUCCUCCCCAUUUAGUCCCCAGUGCAUGUACACUCAGGCCGUCACUCACAGAGACAGGUUGGACAGUGGUAAUGGUUUGUCCUGAUGUUUUGUGGUGUUGGUGCACAGAACAUUCUGUUGAAUCAGCCUUAAGGUGCGGAGAAAACACCCUGAUUGUUUUUUUUUGCUUUACAAGAGGCACAAGCAUUUUCUUUUUUUCUUUUUUUGCUGCUAGAGUAGAAAGAAACAAAAACAAACAUGAUUUUCUGAAAAAGUUCACACUCUUAUAAAUCAGAAUGCGUGUAAUUUCUCCUGCUGGAUGUGCGCGUGGCAAACAACUCGUCUGUAUCGCCGCCCAAGUGCGACAUUUGUUUUUGAGAGCCCCGCCCCUUUCCCCCCUCCUCCCAUCCCCCCAGCAGCAGCAGGAUUGCCAGUGUUUGCGUCGUUACCCUCCAGUCAUCCGUAGCUUCAUCUUGCCUAAAAAACAUAGUUUGACAUUUGCAGAACGCACGUUAAUUCUCUCUCUGGUGGGGAGUUGGAUCAGAAGAUUGAUAAUGGCUCACGUCGGUACGAGUUUGUGAGGCUACAGCUAGUAGCCAGUUAGCUUGGAUAGAGAACCGCACCAAUUGAUACUUCAUAUAUGUGGUUGUUUGACCCACGUGUCGUACACCACGUUUUUGUUUUCAUGAGCUUCCGGAGAUGCUGUUUUUAGCUCAAGCUCACAAAUUAGCACAUUCAAAUUGUUUGCUAAUGCUUUUUACGAAAAAAACGGAAGUGUAAAACGACCCAUCGCCCUUUUGUUGGUGUAAGUUGCGUGCCGGGGCUAGCUGUUGCUAGGCAACCAGUGUUCCAGGAUGUUGCUGGUCCCAGAUAAGGGUGGGGUUAAAGGGUUUAAAUUUUUUUUUUCCCCCUUCAUUCGUACAAAAACAAAACUGUAAAAAUUAAAAAUUACAGUUUUGCCGUUGUUUGGUCUGGUUAGCGGUUGCUACGCUAGCAGAGGAAAAGCGAUGAAUGUGUGGAUUCAAAAAACAAAUGAGAUGCAACUUUUAUAUUAUUAGGCUGCAGAGUUGUUGGUUAGGUGGGAUUUUAUCCCCAAAUCUAAGCCAGCUAGUUUACCAGUUCCCACUCUUUAUGCUAAGCUAACUCAAGCUAACCGGUUGUAGUUUCACAUUCCAACAGACGCACGUGUGAGAAAAGGUUUUCAGUCUUCACAUCCAACUCUCUCCCAAACCCCAAAAAACUAGACCUUUCCCCAAAUGUCAAACUGUUCCCGUGAAGAUGGAGCAGGAGACUCGGAGAAUGAGGAAUCUAGACAAUCUGAAUCCUUCGUCUCACUCCACCACUGCACUGAUGAUCCGUCGCCCCUCUCGACGACAGUCCCACUUAUUUAUGUUCACGUUCCAAGACCGACAGAAUCACCAGCCGCUAGUUUCCGUUUCCUGAAACCGUGGGGUGCAGACGCUCAGUCGCGCCCCCCCCUCUUAACUUUUUGUGUGACUGGAAUAGGUUUUCUUUUUUUCUGUUCUUUUUUGGAUUCCAUGAUACAAGAGAAAACGUAUUUAUGUGUCCAGAUUUUAACUAAUGUUUGCUGGUGUUGUUGUCUUUUCUGCGACUGUGGGUGAGCAGGAUUCAGAAUUCUCAAUAAACUUCUAUUUUCUUUUCAUA